CCGCGGAGCAGUCCAGCCCAGCCCAGCCCAGCCGGAGCAGCAGCCGCGGCGCGGGGGGCGCCCGGGAUUCGCGUUUGUCUCGCAGCGGCAUCUGUUCUUCAGCCCUGGAAGCCCUUGGAAAGGGAGCGCUGCUGUUUCCCCAAGCCAUGCAACAAGCGGUUAGGAGAAGACGUCCAUCAAUAGUAUAGAUCCCUUCAGCAUCAGAGCCUACAGAGACAGCAAGCACACAAGCUUUGCUUUGGAAAAGACUUUGCAUGACAAGCUGGGAGGACACUGCUGCCAGGAAGAGAAAGUGCUUUCACCACAGAUGCCAGCAUUCUCUGAAGACUGAUUCCCUCAUCCUUAAGUGAUACCAGCUCUUCUUUAUACCAUGGGACCUGGCAGCAGUUUUCUAAGCAGUGGACAGGUUCAUAUCAUCCUAUGGGGAGGUUUGGCAGCUGUGACGAUGCUCUUGUUCCUUACUUUCCUCAUCUUUCUUUGCUCCAGCUGUGACAGGGAAAAGAAGCCUAAACAUCAGAACGGAGAUCAUGAAAAUCUGAUGAAUGUGCCUUCAGACAAGGAGGUGUUCAGUCAUUCUAUCACUAGUUCAGCCACAGAUCCACCUGCCAGCAGUGAGCAGAAUGGGGGACUCAGUAACGGGGAUGUUCUCUCAGAAGACAGUACAACUGCCUGCAUCCAGCCUUAUGAAGAAGUGCAAACUUCAGUUUCAGAUCUAUUAGACCAGCAGGACAGUCUUGGAAAGUCCAUAAAAUGUCACCAGAGCAGGGAGCUACCUAGCAUUCCUCCCGACAGUACCAUGGAAACCAUCCUCUCCACAAGAAAUGUAGAAAAUGAUCCAGGUCUUGGAAUGGAAGGGCCCUAUGAGGUCUUGAAAGACAGCUCCUCCCAAGAAAAUAUAGUUGAAGACUGCUUGUAUGAAACUGUGAAGGAAAUUAAGGAGGUGGGAGGAACAACAAAUGUGGAAAAAAGCUGCAGCAGCAAAUUGAAGCCUACAGAUGCAGUUACUGAAAGGCAGGACCAGGGUCCUGAGUGUAGGAUUGAAUCAGCAGAAUAUGCCUCUGUUGACCGAAAUAAAAAGAGCCGACAGAGUGCUAGUUCAGAUAGCCCGCUUGGCAACACCCCAGACAUGGAAGAUGAAGCUCCUCCACCUGUACCUGUGAAACUUCUUGAUGAAAAUGAGAACGUACAGGACAAAGGAGCAGAGGAGGAGGAAGUGGCAGAGGAAGUUGGUGAACCCGAGAAGAGGCUUAGUUCACUGUCUUACAAAUCUCGAGAGGAAGACCCAUCUCUUACAGAAGAUGAAAUUUCAGCGAUGUACUCUUCUGUGAACAAGCCAGGACAGUCCAUGAGGGUACUGGAUUCCACUUACACCAGUAUUCAAGAAGUUGUACCUCCAAGGUCACCAUCUAUCUCCAGUGGACUCUAUGCUAGUGUAAAAGACUUUGAAAAUACCCUAAAUAUUACCACUGUGCCUCACUCAGCGGACCAACCAAAUGGGGAGCCAGAGCCUGACUAUGAAGCUAUCCACUCAGUCAGCCAGGAGGAAGAUAGGACCUUAUCAGUGCCUACCACCAGCCAAACUGCUCUCUCAGGAGAGAGUGACUAUGAGAGUAUAGGAGACUUGCAGCAAAACAGAGAUAUGACUAGAUUUUAGGUCUCUUGUAGCAAGAUUACAUGACAUUUAUUUUAUCAACAAGAGUAUUCAAAAGAAUAUGUGAAAAAAGAAAAGGAAUAUUUCUCUUUAUGAAGGACAAAGUCAAGGUAUUAGUGCAGAACAAAGGUUAAAGAAGCAAUGAACGUUUCAUCUGGGAUGCAGUAUCUAUUCACUUGUUCUUUGUGGUGGAUUGAAGCUUGCUAGAAAGAUUACAUCAAUUCAUAACUGAGAUCAAAAGGACAUAGGCUUCUUUAUUGUUAGUUUCAGGACAGCCAGUAUUUGGGAAAGAGUGCCACAUUUGUCACUUUCAAUGGAUCACUUGCCAAAAACACUGCCAUUAAACAAAGCAAAGGUUUCAUUUUUAAAUAUUUGUGUUAUUUGCUUCAAAAUAUUUCUCGAGGAUCAUUUUACUAAGGUUCAGCCUUCCCUUUUAUGAGCAAAUCAGAGUUAAUCUUAGCUCCAUGCUUCAACUUGGUCCUUCUUUGUGAGGGCAAGAGAAAAUUUUUAAUCUUUGUAUCAUCUGAGGAUCUCUAUAUUUCAGCAGAUUAGAACUGUGAGCACUUGCAUUUAAAUGUGAUCUGAGGCGAAGACAGAAUAUUCUGUUCUGUUUUCAGUACUGCUGUGGUGUGAACAAAGGUACUUCAGUUCACAAGUGACCUAUUCCAAAAGUACUUGAAUUCAUUUUGUAGACUCCUCUUUCUUUUUUAAGUCAAGUGUUUUAAAACGUGACUCUCAGUAUUUAAAAUAUGGACUGGUGUUUGUAGGCUUGGUUUUUUAAAUUAUCUGUAGGCAUAUUGCUUUAAAAUGGUAGCCUUAACAUUUUUAAUACGUAGGCUGUCACAUUCACACACAGUAUUUGGACAGUUGUCUCAUUGCAUCUGAAGGAAAGGCUGUGCAAAAGAGUGUUCUGAUUCAUGUGUCCAGUCUGCAUUUACAGUGAAGAAAUCUGAUUUUUUUUCUUCAAGAAAUCUGCUUUUCCAUGUUGUUCAUUUCAAAUUUAGAUAGAUCAAAAUAUAAAAAUGUCUUUUUCCUUGUAAGACUUUAUCCAGUAGGUGUAGUGUGGGAGGGUAAUAUUUUCCGUUUUAUGCACAGUUUCUAAUGUAUUUUCCAUGGUCAAGAUUACUGUAUAUUAACUUGCCAUUUUAUACAACAAAAGAAAUUAUCCUGUCUUAAAAAAACCCAACAAAACUAUCUGUUAGUUCUAGUAGAAGCACAGGAAUGAAUACUUCAGUAGUUUUUAUCUCAAGUCUUAUCAGGUACAUUGAGCAUAUCUUGCCUCUUUUUAAAAUCAAGAUCAUUCAGUUUGCAUGAAGCCACUUUGUCAAAGGACAAAGAAUACAAAAAUAGUCUAUGGCUGUCGUCAUUCUUUUGAAAACCAAAGGUGGGAAUAAAAUAGCAAGGAAGGCAAAUCACUUGGGAUAUGAUAACAACUGACCAUUUUGACAAGCAGUUUGAAAAUCAUCACUCCAAAGAAGUCACAAGUAUUUUGUUGUUAAUAAAAACAAGGGAUACUGCUUAGAGAGAUUAAAUGGGUUGGUAUUGGGCUGGUUCUUUUCUUUUGCUUCAGCACAGCAUGAUAACCACUGCAAGAGCACAGAAAGAUACAAUGUAUUUAGAAUGUGUGGGUGUGCAAGUGCAUGCAUAUAUACACAAGUGCAUGCAAUAUAUAACUCACUCAUGCACCUAUUUAUGUAUACUGUGUGCAUGUGUGCGUGUGUGGAUACAAAUAUACAUUAAAAAGUUGAAUAAUUUGGCACCAAAUAUAAAUCUCCCCCCCAAAUCCCAUGA